AUGGACCUCAGCGACCCAGAGAAAAAUAUCAGCAACGUUGGUCCUGAGCCAGAUGCUUCCGAUCCUACACGGCUGCGUGUCGAGUUUGGGCAAAACCUCCACGAAAUCGAGGAACGACCCACUGGUGUUUUGACUGCUCGUUCCGGGUCUAAAGCUCUAGAGAUCAAACGCGAACUCACUCAGGAGGACAAGGAACUUUCACGAGCUAAUUACGAACAUCUUGAACAGGUCAACUCUGAAGCGGGGGCUAAUGCUCGGGGAGAUGGCAAGUUUUCUGGUAGCAGCGAAAUCACUGAACAUACUCUCAGCAUUGAAGAGCUCGCUGCUACCCUUGAGGCGAACUUCGACCGGAAAGAUCCUUCCAAGUCUCUCGGUCUUACUACUGAAACCGCGGAGGCUCGUUUGGCUCAGAAUGGACCCAACAUCUUGACACCCCCGAAGAAAAGAAGUGCCUUUCAAAAGUAUCUUGACUGCCUGAAAUCUCUUUUCAAUGUCCUCCUGAUCUUCGCUGGUAUUCUCGAAUAUAUUCUGCUUGGUGUUGACUACAAGAAUAACAAACCGAACGAAUAUCUCGGCGGAGUUCUCAUAGUCGUGGCAUUUUUGAAUGCGUUUAUUGAGUGGUAUCAACUUCAGAAAUCCGAAGCCAUUCUUGCUGGCUUCCUCGCCAUGAUCCCACCAAAUUGCACUGUCCUCCGUUCCGGAGCGCUCGCCACCGUUCCCGCUGCGUCUCUUGUAAUCGGAGAUGUUGUUCUUUUGAGGAAUGGAGAUAAGACGCCCGCUGAUUGUGUGCUGAUUGGAGCGACGGACUUGAAGGUCGACAAUAGUUCGUUGACUGGUGAAUCGGAACCUCAGGAGAGAGCGCCCAAAAAGGAGGGCGACAAGGGCGUCAGACCUGUUGAAGCGUCGAAUUUGGUAUUCAAUUCGACGAACGUUGUCAGUGGUGACGGAUGGGGUGUUGUCGUUCGAACGGGCGACAAUACAUUUAUUGGCCAAAUUGCACGACUUGCGGGAAGCGAAAGCGGAAACCGUAGCCCUCUUGCUGUUGAGAUGUCAUCAUACUUCUCACUGUGUUUGCGUUUUUCUCACUACAACCUGAUUUUAGUUGUGUUCUUCGUGGUUGGGAUUACGACAGCGUAUAAGGGAAAGGCUGUUCAGACAGUGACAUUUGCCAUUUCGGUCCUUGUUGCAUGGAUCCCUGAGGGUCUUCCGGCGACUGUCACGUUGCUUCUCUCGAUUGCGGCGCAACGCAUGGCGAAGGAGAAGGUUCUCGUUAAAAACUUACAGGGAGUUGAGACAUUGGGUGCACUCACAUGUUUGGCUACGGACAAGACUGGGACUUUGACCAGGAAUGAGAUGACGGUUACGAAUCUUUGGAGCGGCAAUCGGAUGGUCUCAGCUUUCCAGUCCAACAAUGACACCCUCGAAAUGGAAACUUUCCACCCUUCGCAAGGCAGCAUGGGCGAAAUGAUUGAUAUUGCAGCUUUGAACUCACGCGUCAAGUUCAAUCGCACCGACGUGCCCUUCGAGCAGCGUGACAUCCUCGGCGAUGCUACGGAGACUGGCUUAGCCAAGUUCGCUGCAAGGUGGCUUGCGACAUUGUCAAUGCGAUAUGACGUCUUUGUGAAGGCGCAUCCUAAGGUCUUUGAAAUACCAUUCAAUUCGGUGAACAAGUGGGCCUUGGUCGUGGUCAAGAAACCCCACGAGAAUGGAGUUCUUCGCUCCUACAUCAAGGGUGCCCCCGAACGAGUCCUCGAAAAGUGUUCGACAUUUUUACAAGACGGUGUUCAGCACCCCAUCACGGACGAGUUUAAGCAAAAGUAUGAUGAGGCUUACACGUAUAUGGCUUCUCGAGGACACCGUGUCAUCGGUUGCGCUCAAAUCCUUUUAGAAGGCAAGGAGUUCCCUGAAGACUAUACGUUCUCGAAAACGGCCGAGAACUGCCCUACCGAAGGCUAUUGUUUUGUUGGCUUGGUUUCAUUGGAAGAUCCUCCAAAGCAUGGUGUUCGCCAAGCCAUUGGAACUCUUCGUCAAGCGGGUAUCAAGGUGAUGAUGAUAACUGGCGAUCAUCCUAAGACUGCAGAGGCCAUUGCUCGCAAGAUCAACCUUAUCACAGGGGAUACUCGGGAGAGACUUAGUGAGAGAACCGGCAGACGCCUCGAGGAAAUUUACGAGGAUGAAGUGCCAGCUAUCGUCAUUCACGGGGAUAGAAUUGAUUCGCUUCAGCCCUAUGAAUGGGACAUGAUACUCAACAAGAAUGAGAUCGUCUUUGCUCGUACCUCUCCGAAGCACAAGCUUGAAAUUGUUCGCCGUGCCCAAGCGCUUGGCCACAUUGUCGGGGUAACUGGAGAUGGCGUGAAUGAUUCUCCUGCUCUGAAGAAGGCCGAUCUCGGGAUCGCCAUGAAUAUAUCUGGCAGCGACGUGUCCAAGGAGUCUGCGAACAUGAUCCUGCUCGACGACAAUUUUGCAAGUAUCGUCAAAGGUGUCAAAGAAGGACGAUUGAUUUUCGCUAAUCUCAAGCGGAGCAUCAAAUAUACUGUCACCCACAUCAUGCCCGAAGUUAUCCCUCAGUUACUCUAUGUUUGUGUCCCGUUGCCCUUACCACUUCCUGCUAUCAUGUGGGUAAUAUUUUCCAUAAAUCUUGGGUUCGAAAUCUUUGCCGCACUGUCAUUUGCUUGGGAUGCUCCGGAAUCUUCUGAGAGCCUGAUGAAACUCCAGCCCCGAAAGCCGGUUACAAAUCGUUCUAUCCUUGCGAGGAAGCAGAAGGCGCUCAAGCGCACAAAGACUAUUCUCCGGGACCCGGAGACUUUGGAGGUCAUUCCACCGACCAAGUGGCAGAUCCUCAAGAGCAAGGUCAAGAAGCCUUUCACCCGCUAUUUUUGGGAGGAUGUGUGGGAACAGACAGAAGAUGAGACCCUUGUUGACACAAAUCUCCUUAGUUAUGCGUACAUGGAAGCUGGUAUUAUUGAAACGAUCGCCGUUCUUGUGAGCUAUUUCGUCGUCUUCUGGAAACGCGGCUUUUCUCCGAAUGAGGUUCGCAUGGCUCAACAAGCCGGAGUCUACUUCACAAAGUCCAGUCCCGACUUCCAUAACUCGCGCGGAUGGACUAUCACCGGCCCCCAGCAGGAAGACGCGGCGUCGCAGAGCAAGUCGAUAGUAUACUUGGCUAUUUUCAUCUGUCAGUGCUUCAACAUGUUCGCAGUGAAGGCGAAGUUUAGACCGCCGUUCGGGAAGCAUGUUGUGUCUAACCCGUACAAUUUCGCUGGAAUAUUUGCCGGCGCGUGCUUAGCAGUGUUCAUCAUUUAUACUCCCCCCCUACAUUCUGCCUUCAAUGGAAGCCAUCACACGAGCCCUUUGUAUUGGCUGAUACCCACGGGUUUCGGAUGUCUGCUUCUCGUGUGGGCGUCAUUACGAAUCGUUCUCUCUAAACGUGCUCUUGCAAACUCGCUCGUCAAGGACAUUCAAGGACUUCAAAUGUUCCCGACCAUACACACGAUGAGCAUCCGACGCUGA